GUGCCGCAUCGACACAGAAUGUUCCGCCUCUCAUCCACCGUCUGCCCUUUCUGUGAAGCCAAAGCCUUGUUCAGGACGACUGCGACACAAUGGCAGAGUACGAGAGGAGUGGCGACCCUUCAGAAGCGCCGGCCUCCGCGUAUGGUGUUGUCGGCCAACGUCGGACGACCACCACCCAAGACCGCACCGAGCGGCAAGCCCGUCAGGAAGAGUCGCAACACUCCGUUCGGCGGAAUGAACGUGACUGAAGUGCCUCGUCAGCUGCAGGCGCCGCAACGAAAGGCAUCGUCUGCAGAGCUCAAGCGAGCCAGCCGCUAUGGGAACGACAAGCCGGAGAGGGAAAGGAAGGAGCCAAUGAAGGCGCUCAAGAUGCAGCGAGCGCUGGCGAACGUCUCUUACGAGAAGCGUGGCCGUGUGAAGCAGGCGCUGUCAGAGAGAGACAGCUUUGGCGAGUUCGACCUGCUGCCGGUGAUUAAGGAAUCAAUUGGUCCAAUGGCUUUGGGUGGGCUUGCGGAUGUGUCUCCGACGCCGAUCCAGAGGCUGGCCAUACCAGCUCUACUUGGUACUGAAGAUGGCAAACGACGAACGAAGCACAAACCUGGAGUCGAGGCUGUACAGAAGAAGCAGAUGCAGCAGUUCCUACUCGCUGCAGAGACCGGCUCUGGUAAAACGCUGGCCUACGUGCUGCCAGUGCUCGACGCUAUCAAGCGAGCGGAGAAGGCGGAUGCAGAGUUGGAGCGGAUAGAGACGGCGCGAAGGGCGCGGGAGAACGCUGAGAGGCAGCAGUCGAAGCGGUUCGACCUUGAACCGCCUGAUGUUGGCGAACCACAUUCGACUGCUGGAAGACCUCGCGCCAUAGUCCUCCUCCCUACUUCUGAGCUUGUGGCCCAAGUCGGCUCCGUCGUGAAGAGCCUGUCGCAUGUCGUCAAGUUUCGGUCCGCUCUGAUUAGUGCGCAGUUCAGCAGGACUGUGAUCCAGAACCGCAUGUUCUCCCCCAAUGGCAUUGAUAUAGUCAUUUCCACGCCUCAUCUGCUCUCGAGCAUAGCGGAAGAUGAUCCGAACAUCCUGUCUCGCGUCACGCACCUGGUCAUCGACGAAGCGGACAGCCUACUCGACCGCUCCUUCUCGCCCAUCACAUCUGCCAUCAUUGAUCGCGCAACGCCGUCACUGCAGCAGAUCGUUCUUUGCUCAGCAACGAUCCCGCGAAGUCUGGACUCUUUCCUUCACAAGCGCUUCCCGGAUGUCAGACGGCUUGUCACGCCCAAUCUCCACGCCAUUCCGCGCCGCGUGCAGUUGAGCGUCGUAGAUAUCGAUAAGAUUCCUUACCAAGGCAACCGCGAUCUCGCAUGCGCUCAAACUAUCUAUGACAUUGGCAAGGAAGCUGCCGAGACUGGCGAGGAACGGGAGAAGAAGCUCGUUGUUUUCGUGAACGAGCGUGAGAAAGCCAGUGAGUUGGCUGAGUAUCUACGCUCAAAGGGCAUUGACGCCACUGCUUUGAGCAGGGACAGCGACGAGAGGAAGCAGGCCGAGGUGUUAGCGUCGUUCACCGGCGCCGCACUACUACCCGCGAAUAUGAAGCAAAAGAAGGCUGCAGAGCAAGCAGCUACAGAUGACGUUGUGGCAAUUAGCCCAGCGGACCUGCCGAUGAUGCGCGACGAGAAACAAACCACAGGCUCAAGCGGCAAGCAGUUGAAGAAUGUCCGCGUGCUAGUCAUGACCGAUCUUGGCUCCCGCGGCAUCGACACAUUGCUGGUCAGAACUGUCAUCCUAUACGACGUACCGCAUACGAGCAUCGACUUCAUCCACCGCCUAGGCAGAGUCGGUCGGAUGGGUCGCAGAGGGCGCGGUGUUGUGCUUGUCGGUAAGAACGACCGCAAGGAUAUUGUAAGAGAGGUGAGGGAUGGCAUGUUCAAGGGCCAAGCCUUGAUAUAGAAAUACAUAGAUGAUACCCUGUACAAAUACAUUUCGUCACUCACCCUUCACCAAGCUGUCAAGUCCGCGCUAGGGCAAGCAGCGCAGAGUACUACCAAUCCUGCACCUCCCCAGCAUCCUUACUCCGAAUACUAGCAUUAGCCCAAUAUCUCCCACUCACCCCUCCCAAAUCGUCCAGCGCCAGCCGCACGGGGAUCACGGCGCCUUGCUCCGCGGUCUUGGGCGGCUGCGUUUGCCUGCUCGCUAC